UUAAAAUACUUUCAACGUUUAAUCGUACCUUUGUACACUAGAUGGCAGCUUCGAGAAUCGAUCGGUCGAAAAUAUCGAGAUGUUACAUAUUUAAAUGUAUUUAUUAAUACACCUUACAAUUAAUAUACAUUACGUUAUUUCACGCGAACGUAAGCGACAUAAUAUAAUAUAUAAUUAUGGAAAAUUAAAGUAACAUAUAUAGAAACACAAAUGGAAAAUUUAGAACAACUCUCGUAUGUAAGAAUAGCGUAAUCGAUCAAGCAUACACACCUUGGUAACGCCGAAUUUUUCGCGAUUAUCUAUUUUUUGUUUUGUUUAACGAAUACACGAAGGGAAUAUCAGUAAGAGUAGAAAGAUCAGUGAUGUGUGCACGCUACGGUGCCUUCCUUCAUGAUAAAGGAUAAAAGCAUCCUCUUAUGAAGUGUCGGCUAAUCACCCGAAUAAUUUUCAAGACUCACAAUUAUGUUUUAUAAUUAAAUACGCGUACCCUAGCUUUUCCUGUCUAUUAGACGCCCUCUUUCUCGCUCAUCUCUCUCUCUCUCCCUCUCUCUCUCUCUCUCUCUCUCUCUCUCUCUUUAUCUCGAGAAGCUCGUUCUUCACGUAAUUGGAAUGUCCACAUGAGGCUGUUAAGAUUUCUGCUCCGUUACUUUCCACCAGGUAUCGCCUUGGAAUACAGGCAAGGUGGCGACGUCAAAACUAAAAUGAUCGACCUUUUGGAUCUAUCUAUAGAGACUGACAUAAAAGCACUGGCAGAGAGCAUAAAAGCAAGCGAGCCCGUAAUAACCGAAAGUGUAAUGGACCAGUUAGUGGAAACAUUGCAGAAACUACAGGCCAAAGUGUGCAACGUAGACGUGAAGCGUUACUAUAAACAUAAGACCCUACGAACACACCUUCUUCCUUUAACCAACAUAGCGUUCGAUAAAUUAGGUAAAAGAUGCCUGACAGGUAGCUACGACCGAACUUGUAAAGUUUGGGACAUCGAAAGUGGAAAAGAGCUUCUUACUCUCGAAGGCCAUAAAAACGUGGUCUAUGCCGUUUCCUUUAACAACCCGAUAUCAGACAAAAUCGUGACUGGAUCGUUCGAUAAAACAGCGAGCAUUUGGUGUUCACGUACCGGUCAUUGUUUGCUUACUUUUUGGGGUCACGACGGUGAGGUGGUAGUGACGAAAUUUUCACCAACGCAGAAUAAAAUUGCGACGGGUUCUCUUGAUGCUACUUCAAGAAUAUUUAAUCUUACGACAGGUCAAGAACUGGGCUUGCUGAAGGGCCACACGGCGGAAGUAAUUGCGCUUCAUUACAACGACGACGGGAAUCAGAUCAUAACGGGCUCCUUCGAUGGCACCGUCAACGUCUGGGACACGAGAACCUUCACACGUGUUUGCGCUUUGAUUGGGCAUCGUUCGGAAUUAUCCAAUUGUCUCUACAACUUCGAUUACUCUCUGAUAGCUUCCUCUUCGAUGGAUAAAACUGCAAAGAUAUGGGAUACUAGGAAAAACGAAUGUUUAGCUACGUUAUUGGGCCACGACGACGAAGUUCUCGACUUGACCUUCGAUAACAAGGGGAAGAAAUUGGCCACAGCGAGCAGCGAUACCACAGCCCGAAUUUGGGAUACGACUACGGAUUUUCGACAGGUCUCGGUGAUGCAGGGCCAUCAAGAGGAAGUUUCAAAAGUCCACGCGGCCACCAUCUUUUGACCUCUUCUCUGGACAAAACGGCUCGUUUAUGGUCUCUAGAAUCCGGAUAUUGCGUGCAGAAACUCGAGGGCCAUACCGACGAUGUAUUCAGCUGCGCCUUUUCAUAUACAGGCGAUACAAUCAUCACGGCUA